CCGCAUGCGUCCGAAACAGCAUAGCAAAGCAAGCGGCACAAAGCAAGCUCAGCAGUCAGGAAGGGCACGCAGCACCUCAGCGAACCAACAACAAUCGAUAGAUGGCUUCCUCCGGCUACCUCAGAGCGGCCAGCGGCGCCACUCGCAGCCGCCAGGCGCUCCUCCUCCGGCAGCGCCCCGCGACACCGCGCGCGCUCGUCGCUUCCUCAGCGACGCGGCACGCGUCGACAGUCCCCAACCCGCCGCCCGGGAUGGAGCCUUUGCCAGAGGACGCGCCGCGGCAGACACCGCCGAGGCUCGGGGAGCCGGACCCCGUGGGACCCCCCACGCCGACGCCCAAGGAGAAGAUAACCGGCACGCCGCCGUCGGAGGAGGAUGACGGUGGGCUACCCGGCGGAGUGCCGGACACGACCCCGCCACCGGACGUGCCGCUGCCCCCUGUGUCGCCCGAUGGUAGCACCGUCUAGCUAGCGUGGUCCGUCUGUGCGUGCUUGCUGUGUAGCUUUUUUUUUUGGAUCACUUGCGUAGCUUUUGCAUACGGUGUCAGUGUGUACAUACAUGUUGCAGUGGAGUACGUUCUACCUUUUUCA